AUGGAUGUGCCGGGGCCGGGGGCCCCCAUAGCGUCGGCGGCCCCCAGAGCCUCGGCGGCCACGAUGCUGCUGCGCACGGCUCGCGUGCCGCGCGAGUGCUGGUUCCUGCCCACCGCGCUGCUCUGCGCUUAUGGCUUUUUCGCCAACCUGCGGCCGUCUGAGCCCUUCCUGACCCCCUACCUGCUGGGAAGCGACAAGAACCUCACGGAGAGACAGGUCUUCAAUGAAAUUUACCCAGUCUGGACCUAUUCCUAUUUGGUGCUGCUGUUUCCUGUAUUUCUUGCCACAGACUACCUCCGCUACAAGCCUGUCAUCCUGCUGCAGGGACUCAGCCUUAUUGUCACCUGGUUCAUGCUCCUUUAUGCCCAAGGACUGCUGGCCAUGCAGUUUCUGGAAUUCUUCUAUGGCAUCGCCACAGCUGCGGAGAUCGCCUACUACUCCUAUGUCUACAGUGUGGUGGACCUGGGCAUGUACCAGAAAGUCACUAGCUACUGCAGAAGCGCCGCCCUUGUGGGCUUCACAGUGGGUUCUGUCCUGGGCCAGACCUUGGCCUCUGCAGCGCACUGGCCACUGUUCAGCUUGAACGUCAUCUCCUUGGCCUGUGUGUCCGUGGCUUUUGCACUGGCCUGGUUUCUGCCCAUGCCGCAGAAAAGCCUCUUCUUCCACCAUGUUGGUUCCACCUGCCGACGAGUGAAGGGCGCCACAGCCCCAAAUGGUGACAUCAGGGACACCACCGCUUCCAACUGUCCUCCUGGGUGGGAGGAUGCGGAAUCCAAGAUCCCUUUGAAUAUGGAGGAGCCUUCUUCAGAAGAGCCGGUUUGGGGAUCAGAACGACGUUUGACUCCUAGAAAGAAUGAGAAAUCGAAGCCAGACCACCUCCUGGUGCUGAAAGUCCUGUGGAAAGAUUUCCUGGUGUGCUAUUCCUCCCGUCCUCUCCUCUGUUGGUCGGUGUGGUGGGCCCUUUCUACCUGUGGCUAUUUCCAAGUGGUGAACUACACACAAGGUCUGUGGGAGAAAGUGAUGCCUUCUCGCAAUGCCACCAUCUAUAAUGGUGGAGUGGAGGCAGUGUCCACCCUGCUGGGGGCAGUUGCAGUGUUUGCAGUUGGUUACAUAAAAAUAUCGUGGUCUACUUGGGGCGAAAUGACGCUGUCCCUCUUCUCCUUCCUGAUCGCAGCGGCCGUGUAUGUAAUGGACAAAGUGAAUAAUAUCUGGGUGUGCUACUCAUCCUACGUCGUCUUCAGAAUCAUCUACAUGCUGCUCAUCACCAUAGCAACGUUCCAGAUUGCUACUAACCUCAGUGUGGAGCGUUAUGCCCUGGUGUUUGGUGUGAACACUUUCAUUGCCUUGGCACUACAGACUCUGCUCACUCUAAUUGUGGUGGAUGCCAGUGGUCUUGGCUUGGAAAUCACCACUCAGUUCCUGAUCUAUGCCGGUUACUUUACACUCAUAGCCAUGAUUUUCCUAAUUAACGGUGCAGUCAGUGUUAUAAAGAAGUACAGAAGGAGGCGAGAUACAGAAUCCAGCUCUCCAGUGACCACUGCAUGACCCACAGCUAAGGGGAGAUUGAAGCCUUAGAACCUGAGUGCUGCUUCAUACAACAAUGGUGCCUGGAUGUGGAGUUCAUUGUGUUUUCCCUAAGUUAUAGGCUUAUAUUUAUGACAGUGUUUGAAUGUGCAAUUCUCUGCUUCAGAGCAACCACUUGUAAUCUGUGUUCUUGGUGUUCCGUAAUUGAUCCAAGAAGAAAUGUUGAUUUUAUAGAUUAUUUAUGUGAGAUAAUUUAAAGAUGACUUCUUUCGCCUUGUUGUAAACAUCUACUUGCUAAAGUGAAAGCAUGGGAUCCAGGGAAAGAGGACCAGGAGGGAUGGUUCUGCAUUUAAUUAGAAAGCAAACUUAAGGUUUUUAAAGGUCAUUCCUAUCCCUGUGCCCUGGGAUAGAGGUAUGGACCCCAUGGGUCAGCGCCCUUCAGACAGGAUGGAGGUGCGCUACGGGAGUACCCACCUCUCUACCACUUAUUCCCACAGUUUCUUUUUUUCUUUGUCUACACAUAUUCACUUGUUUGUGUAAAUGAUUGUUUCUAUCACAAAUGAGCAAUAUUUGCUGUGGUUCUGUUCCCUAAGGAAUAUAUGUUGUGUGUUUAUUUUAAAUUAUUAUUUUCAGCUCACUGUAAGUGUUCUCUCAGAUGUGUGUGUACUUUCACCAGUACAUUGUACAUUACUCAUUAUGCUUCCCAGAGAAGCUCAUAUAGGUACAAGGAAAGGCGAGCUUGAGGCCUGCUAACCCACUAAACAGUUGUUGCCGAAUGAACGGACCUUAUCAGAAAACUUAAGGGACACUUAAUUCUUUAGUAUGAAACAUUCUGAUUUUAUGAUGAAAUGUAGAAUGAAUUGUGGGCUGUGGCUGCAACCAGCACAUUUAGUGUUUGCUGUCCCUUUCUUUAAGCUCUGAACAAGAGGAAGAUUUAAAAACACCUUCACUUCCUGUCUUUUUGUCAUCUCCCUCUUAUCCAAGAUGAGAUGGGCACCCAACACCAUUCCAAGGUGGCGUUUUUGUUUUGUUUUGCACAAAUGGGACCUUGUAAUUUGUAAGACAGGCCUGGGAUUGCCUGUUGGGUUCUUUACCUGAAAUCCGCCUUUAAGUUCAGAAGUGGAUUAUCUUAAAGAUUUGAUUAAAAUUAGAAAUCAAUGAUCGUUUCUGUUUCCAAGUUACAUGAAGGAAAACAAAAUAGUUUCCACUUGAUCUUGAAAUGUCUCCUAUGUGUGUGAAACAUAUCUGUAUUUAUGUCACAUUUUGAGAAGCCAAUGUGUGUGAAACAAAUCUGUAUUUAUGUCACAUUUUAAGAAGCCAAUCAAGCUGAGAUUGCAUUGCUUUAUUCUGGCUACUUCUGAGUAGCUGCUCCUACCUGAACUAUGGUUUGUUUCUGUUUUUUGUAAUUUUAGAAGGACAUAACUAAACCACAUUAAUGACAUAGGGGUGAGGGAGGGAGGGGUAGGUAGCAGCUUUCCAUCUGCUUUGAUUAGGACAUGUACAAUUUGAUGAGGAUAAUAGGUCAUUCCUCAUACCUUCCUUUAAGAUGAAGAAGAUGGGCAGGAAUAAGCUAGAGGAGAAAGGAGGAAAUGAUUCCUUUGAAGUUAUAGCUUCUGGCUACUGGAUUUGGGGGUUUCUUACAUUAUUUUCUCUUGUGGGGAUUGUUCAUUCUAAAAUAAGCCCCAGUUUGUUGUCACAAAGUGUAUUAGGGUGUAUUUAUGAUGAAAUAGAUUGUGACCUAAUCAAAAUGUCUGGCAACCAAAGCAUUUAUUUCCCUGUUCUCUGAAUGUCAGGUAGAAUGCAUAAACCUUUAGUUAUAGAAGAAAAGAAGGUCUUACCUGUGCAGUGAGUUUUUAGAAGAAUCCAAUUUGCACAGAUAAACUUACUGUAUAUGGUUUUGCAAACAAGUGGAAAUUAUCUGUUGUAUGUUUUAUUCA